AUGGACACGCCCGCCGGGCAGAGCCGCAGUAGCUACAACUCCAUACCGCUGUUGCCCACCCGCCUCACCCCCCUGCAGGAGAAGGAGGAGCUGCAGGACCUGAACAACCGGCUGGUCAUCUAUAUUGAAAAGGUGCACUCGCUGGAGUCGGAGAACGUGCCGCUGUGACUGCGCAUCACCGACUCGGAGAAGGUCAGCACUGGCAUUACAGAGGCGUAUGAGACUGAGCUCCACCAUGUGCGCAAGACGGUGGAGUUAGUGGGCAAGGACCGUGCCCGGCUCCAGCUGGAGCUCACCGAGGUCCACGAAGACUUCACGGACUUCUGGGUCAGGAACACCAAGAAUGAAGGAGACCUGCUCACUGCCGAGGUCAGCCUGAAGGAUAUGGAGGCCAUACUCAACACCAAAAAGUCUGCACUCAGCACCCCCUUGGGGGAGAAGCACAAACUGGAGACUGAAGACUGUCACCUCAGCAGCCAGCUGGCCAAGUUGGAGAUGGUCUUGACCGACAUCAAGAAGCAGUUUCAGGAUGAAACGCUGCAGCGGGUGGAUGCGGAGACCAGCCUGCAGACCCUGAAGGAGGAGCUGGACUUCCACGAGGAGCACUGUGAGAGCAAACUGUGCUACGAGACGUGCCUGGUGGAGAUUGACAACGGGCGCCAGCGGGAGUUCGAGAACAAGCUGGCCAAUGCGCUGCAGAACCUCUGCGGCCAGCACAAGGCCCAGGUCAAGCUCUACAAGGAGGAGCUGGAGAAGACCUAUGCAGCCAAGUGGAUGUGGAUGCUGGGGAAGAUUCCAUCCUGUGAUUCCCGAGAUCACCUAACCUUAUUUCCACCCACUCCACACAAAGGGAAAGUUUGUCCAGAGUUGACUGAGUCUGGCAUGUCAAUUUAA